AAACUUAGAGAUUGUGGGAGUAGGCAAGAACAGAGAGCAAAUAUAUCCAGCAUCCCCCACUGUCCCCACUCUUUAGCUACUGUGAAGUUUAAGCAGACCUAAAGAGGGGACGCAGUGGAGACUUGGACGGAGCAAAGGAUUUAAACAUGUUGCCUCCUCAAAAUCUACUUGCUUUUAUUCUUCCUGUCCUGUACGUCUCCGGAGGAGCGUACAGGCUUGACAUUCUCAAGCAGAACUCUGAGCCAAAUGAAGGCAAUGUGAGGUUGUUUGGUUCUGACAGCCCCUCAGAGGGCCGUGUUGAGGUCUUCCACGAUGGGAAAUGGGGAACUGUGUGUGACGACAACUGGGAUAUUACUGAAGCUGAGGUGGUUUGUCGUCAGCUCAACUUCCCUGGAGCCAAAUCUGUUGUCGUUGGGAAGGACUAUGGACCAGCAUCUGGACCAAUUUGGCUUGAUGAAAUUACCUGUGAAGGGCGGGAGAAGGAGCUCGUGUCUUGCAGGUUUAGUGGAUGGGGAAUAACUGACUGCUCCCAUAAAGAGGAUGUUGGUGUUAUCUGUGAAAGAGGAAGUGAUCUGACAACAGAUGACUCUACUCACUCACUGGACCACAGCAUUGGUCUCUCAGGUGACCUUGGUCAGAUCUUUGACAACGGUACGGCUUGUGAUUUUUGGAUCAUCUUUCAGACCCCUAGUGGAAACAGAAAGGAUGAUGGGACACCAGAGAUGACUGAGACUACAAUUUGUGCACACAAAGCGAUCCUCAUGUUGUAUCCAUACUUCAGUGCUUCAGUGGAAGCAAAUAACAUCACAAUUAUGGUGAAAAAACCCUGCCAGCCGUAUUUAAUCUCUUUUAUCAGGUAUCUCUACACCCGUAAGACUGAUGUAACCCAUUCCUCUGCCAUGUGCCUCCAUCAGCUUGCUUCAGACUUCGGAGUAAAACAGCUGAUGGAGGACAUAGGCCGCCUCUUCUCUAAAAUCCUCCCAGAUGAUGCUUCCUUUUACUCCCAAGUUUCACUUUACAAAUAUGCAGUCGAGUCAAAGGACCUUGUCCUUGAGGAAAACUGCAUCCAGUAUCUGGCCUGGAACUUCCAAAACCUCACAGGUUCCCCUGUUUGGGCCAGUCUUCCUGGAGAACUCCUUCGUUCCCUACUUGUCCGCUCAGAUUUGGUGGUACCUGAUGAGUAUUAUUUACUUCAGACUCUGGAAAACUGGAUCACAACCAAUGCAGACUCCCUGACUUCAGAAAGCCAGGCCGACUUGCUCCGUCUGGUCCGUUUCCCCAUGAUUCCUGCCGAGAAGCUGUAUGAGCUGGGCUCCACUUCUCCUCUCUAUAAGACUCACAGGGAUGUUUACCUUGACAGUGUCUUGAAAGCAUAUCAGUUCAAUGUUCUACUCUACAAUAAUCAAACCAAAUCACAGUUAGGCAAGGAAAGUGAUGAUUAUAAACCAAGAAUCUACACAAGUGAGACCUGGAGCAUUGAAAUUGAUCCUAUUACCAAACCUUCGGGGUCUCGAAGACAAAACCAGUACUCAUCUUACGAAUAUAGAAACCGCUAUGGUCAUUAUUAUCCAAGUCCUACUUCAUCCCCUCAAAACAAACAGCUGAUAACACCUCUCCACAACAGCCUUCUGUUUAAGAACAACAUGAUCACCUGGGAUGUAAAUGUCUUCAAAACCCAGAGUGACUGUUCAAGGUACGGUGUACGGUGUGAAUCUAUUCCUGCAGUCAGACUGGCCCGCAGAAACCGGUAUUCGUCAGAAAGCAGCGUAGUCUUCCGUAACCGCCUCCUGAUGAUCUGCCAAAACAAGUAUGUCGCUCAGAUACAAGGGUUCAAAGAGACCAUGGCUUAUGUGAUUUCAAACAUUACCCAGGUCCUUGCCUAUCCCUGUCCUGACCACAAGUACACUUACAGGUUUGUGGUGAGACCUGAGUAUCUGUGAUCCAAUGAAAGGAGAUAAGGAGAUGGCAUAAAAUAAUAAUAAAAACAAGCAUAUUUUUCACCUUAUAUCAAGUUCAGCAUAUUUGAAAAACCAAUAAGCCUCCCAUUUAAUUGUUGCUUUGAUUCCUAAUCAGUGAUUUAAAUGAUUAAAAAUCAGACUGAAUAUCAAUCAACAAUAAUAUAUUUAUAUGUAUUAUGAUUUUGAAAAUAAAAUGACUCCAGAAA